GUAUAACACUCAUACUAUCUGACAAGUGAUUUGUUGUAAGCGCUGGAAAGCGGUCUGCUUGUUGGAGCAAACUUACGGUUUUCGCGCGGAAGAUCUGCCGUCAGUAGUUGACUGAUACAGAUAAACCUAAUGCUUCUAUCACAGAAUUGCCUAAUUUCGCGGCGAGUGAGUGGUUUGCCUUCUCGUCCGUUGAACCGCAUUUCGCCAUUCUGCCAACCGCGGACCACAAGCCGACCAGGACCAGGCAGAUCAGCUGCAAAUUGUGCUGAACGUCUGCAAUGCGCUGGAUUGCUGGGCUUUGGAAGCCUUACGUCUGCAAGCGCGAGCUCACAGCGCCCGGUGGUCAUCGCUAGGUCCAUGACGCCAUCGGACUCGUCUACUAGCGCGCCGACCGCGGGAGUACUGCGGGUUCAUUAUGUUCGAAAAGAUCAUAACUAUAAGGGCUGGGGGCUCCACGUGUGGGGCGACACACCCCGCACCACCCAGUGGCAGCAACCCCUCAGACCCACCAGGGUGACCGUGGAGGGCCUGCAAUGGGAUCUGCCGCUGCACCCCGGGGCCCGGCGGGUGGGGGCGCUGGUGCACAAGGGGGAGCAGAAGGCGGCGACGGGAGAGGUGGACGUAUCAGCUGCUGCGGCUGCAGCAGCAGCACAAACGUCUGCAGGCGCGGGCAGCAGCGGCGGCAGCAGCAGUGGCAGCGGCGGCAGUGGCAGCAGUGGCAGCAGCAGCAGCGGUGCGGGUGUGGUCCAGGAGGUGUGGCUGGUGGGGCUGGAGCACGGAGUCCACCCCGCCCCGCCCGACCUGACCCACGUGUCGGCUGGCUCCGUGAACAAGCAGGCGGCACACUGGGUUGCCCCCGACACGCUGCUGUGGCGGCAGGCCCCGGAUGACCCUGCUGGCCCCCGCACCUUCCGACUGCACCACCACAAGAAGGCCUACAUGCACAUCACAGGUGCGGGAGUGCAGGGCGCGGAGGACAGCUACGAACUCACCCCCGAGGGCAGUGCAGAGGCCUUCCAGGCGGCCGUGAAGCGCUUCCCGCAUCUGUACGGGUGUACGGCACUGAGGGUACCGCAGGAGGCGGUCGACCGCAUUCCCGAGCUGGUAACGGGGCAGUUGCUGGUUUCCGUACAUGAUGCCCGGGGGGCGGCUCUGGACUCGACUGGCGUGCAGAUCCAAGGGGUGUUGGACGAGACACUGGCGUACGACGGACCCCUGGGUGAUCACCCGGAUCCAAGUACGGCAGGACAUGCCAUCACAGUGUGGGCGCCCACCGCCCAGGAUGUGAAGCUGCUGCACUACCGGGAGGCUCGAGGCGGUACGGCGGAGGUGUUCCAGAUGACCCGUGGGUCGGGCGGCACCUGGACGCUGCCCCGCCCCGCCGACUGGCUCUGGAGCUACUACACCUUCCAGGUCUCCGUCUACUGCCCCUGGACCGCGCGGUUCGAGACCAAGGAGGUCACCGACCCUUACAGUCGGGGCCUGGCAGCCGACGGCGCCCGCACCCAGCUGGUGGACCUGGCCCACCCCGCCACACAGCCCCCCGGCUGGGUGGGGCACGCGGUGCCGCCGCCGCUGCUGCAGUGGACCGACAUCUCGCUGUACGAGCUGCAUGUGCGGGACUUCAGCAUCACCGACAUCUCGGUUCCGGAGCCCCUCCGCGGCAAGUACCUCGCCUUCUGCCCCCACCGCAUCUCUCCAUCCGCCUCCGCCUCCUCUUCCACCUCUGCCGCUGCUCCUUCCCAAGCCGCCUCCUCCGCCACCUCCCCGGCUCCCCCCCUGUCCGCGGGUCUGGCCCACCUCGCCGCCCUGCGCGCUGCCGGCAUGACGCACCUGCACCUGCUGCCAACAUACGACUUCGCCACCGUGCCGGAGCGGCCGGAGGAGCAGGGGGCCGUGCAGGAGGACCUGUCCCGCCACCCGCCUGACUCCCCCGCCCAGCAGUCCGCGGUGCUGGCGGUUGCUGACCAGGACGGCUUCAACUGGGGAUACGACCCGGUGCACUGGGGGGUGCCGGAGGGGUCGUACGCGACGGAGCCGGACGGGGUGGCCAGGAUCCGCGAGUUCCGCGAGAUGGUCCAGUCGCUGCACGGCCAGGGCUGGCGGGUUGUGCAGGAUGUGGUGUACAACCACACCUUCGCAAGUGGGCCCUUCAGCAAGUACUCUGUGCUCGACAAGCUGGUCCCCGGCUACUACCACCGGCGCCACGAGGACGGCUCCAUCGCCGACUCCACCUGCUGCAACAACACCGCGUCCGAGCAUGUCAUGUGCGAGCGGCUGGUGGUGGAGGACAUCACACACUGGGCGCGGAACUACAAGAUUGACGGGUUCAGGUUCGACAUCAUGGGCCACCUGAUGAUGAGCACCAUGGACAAGAUCCGGGCCUCCCUGGACGCACUCACACCGGAAAAGGACGACGGUGUGGUGGGUCGCUCCAUCUACCUGUACGGAGAGGCGUGGGACUUCGGCGAGGUGGCGGGCAACCAGCGGGGGCGCAACGCGGCGCAGAUGAACUUGGCGGGUUCGGGUCUGGGUGCCUUCAACGACCGACUGCGGGAUGGUGCACUGGGAGGUGGCCCCUUCGCCCCGCCGCAAUUCCAGGGCCUGGUGACCGGACUGCUGCUAGCGCCCAACGCUUCCAACGCCUUCGCCUCCCCUAACCAGCCCACCAGCAGCGCAGCAGUGACCCACGGGUCGGCUGCCACCCAGGCCCCCGCGCAGGGCGGUGCGGCGGCUCAGCGCGCCGAGCUGCUAGUGCUGAGCGACUGGGUGCGCUCCAGCCUUGCGGGCAACCUGCGGACCUACCCGCUGCACCUGUGCGACGGAUCGGUGCGCUGCGGGGAGCAGGUGUUGGCUCACGGUUUACCGCUGGCGUACGGCGGUGUGCCUCACGAACACGUGGCAUUCAUCGGCUGCCACGACAACAAGACCAUCUUUGACCAGAUUGUGGAGAAGUCGGCGAUCGAGGAGUCUGCGGAGGAGCGCGCGCGCAUGUGUCUGAUGUGUCUGGCGCUCAUCACCCUCAGCCAGGGCGUGCCCUUCAUACACGCGGGGGAUGACCUGCUGAGGUCCAAGAGCCUAGACAGGGACUCGUACAACUCGGGCGAUUGGUUCAACAGGAUCGACUGGACCGCCUGCUCGCACGCCUUCGGCUCCGGCCUGCCGCCCCACACCAAGAACGGAGGCGCCUGGAGCUACAUGCAGCCGCUGCUGGCGGCGGCGGAGCGCAUCCGGCCCAGCAGGGAACAGAUGAUGGCGGCCACGCGGAUAUUCCAGGCCCUCCUCCGCGUGCGCUACUCCUCGCCGCUAUUCCGACUGUCCUCCACCGCUGACGUCAUUCGACAGCUAUCCUUCCACAACACCGGGCCGGAUCAGGUCCCCGGUGUUAUCGUAAUGGAGCUCAAGAGCGCCGAAGACAGCAGCGGCACCAGCGGCAGCGGCGGCAGCAGCGGCAGCAGCAACAGCGGUGUGUACGAUUCCGAGUACGAACGCCUGGUGGCGAUCUUCAACUGCGCUCCGUACGGUAACGAUAUGCCGUACCCGCCGGAUGUACCGCAGAGUGCCAGCCUCGAGCUUCACCCGGACCUGGCGGCAGUCGGCGACUCGCGACUCUCCGCCUCCCUCGCGGACAACCAGGCACGCCUACUACGAGUCCCGGGGCGCACGACAGCCGUGUUUGUGCAGCGGCGGCAGCGCUAGCGGCGGCAGUGCGGAUUGGGCGGCCGCCACACUACCAGUAGAUACGGCAGGCAUUUAGCCACCAUGGCAGCCGCAUGCAGCGACGUUAGUGGAUGAAUGUCGUACCGCUAGGCAGCAGCAGUAGCAAACUAGCAAUAACAUUACGGUCAUGCAUGGGAUAGACAGGAGUAUUGUUGCAUGUGGGACAUGCGACGGCAGUAGUACGGCAGUGUUAGUGUAUUAUUGUGCGGAGUUACCUAUGAUGGUGCUGAUGCUCGUUAUUGGUUGGCUUUCGUUGGCGCAUUGUAGAUAGCUUACUUAAGCACCGGUAUGUACUCUAGGGAGCGUGUGUACGGUUGCCAAAUCGGUUGUCUAUAUAACUUUGCAUGGUCACAUAUAUUACUGGUAGCUGGUAUGUGGGAUGCAUAGCAGUCGAUGUACCCUAGUACGACAUGCCAGCAGUAUACGGCUUCAACUGAGGCUUUUUACCACGGCCCAAAUCUCUGUCGUGUUGCCCUUGUGGUUUGCACCAGCCUGCCUGCCAUGCAUGUUUGGACAGCAAUGUGUAUGUCCACCAUGCGCGGCAUGGGUCGUCACUGGGAGCGUUGAGGCGAGGAAGUGGUUGUAAGAGCCACUGGCACA